AUGAGCUCCGGGAGAGCAAGAGGUAACUUCUGGAGAGGACGAGGACAGAGGUUCCGAGGAGGAAAGAGUGCUGGAGAAACGAGCCAGACAGGAAGAGGUGAAAUUGAUUGACUUUCGAUUACUCUAAUGUUUUUCUGUGUUCCACGCUUGUGACUUGACGAAAAAAUUUGUUAGCAAUUUCAUGAAAUUAUCGCUUUAGCACAAAGGGGUUCAGACCAAGGAAGUUCAAGUCCUCAAGUGGAACAUCAAAGAGCACGGCAAAUACAGACAAGCUUAACGCCGUGUCCCUUCAAGAAAUGGAACUUUUACUUCCCUGACAUUGGUGAGUCGGUAGUUUGGUGGGAUUAGUUUGUAACCAGGUGCAUUUUUCAUCCAUGAACACCUACCCUUUACCCUUUCACUCCCAGAAGUGAUCAACACAAAAUUUCUGUUUACAGUAUUAAUACAGUAUGAAGCAGACAAGUGAUGAGAAUAAAUACAAAUAUCAAUUGGGGGAUUAUCAUAUGAUCCAACAUCAAACUUUUAGAAUUUAAAAAAAAAAAUUAUAAGGAAUGUAUGGCAAAGAGUUUUAAUCAAGAUAUUGGGAGUGAAAGCACAAAUAUAAUUGUAAGGAGAAGUUAUGUGUUCACCGCUUGUGGAAGUUAAGGGUUACAAGUGGUACACUUGUCUAGUUUUAACUUGAAUCCCUUACCAGUUGACUGGAUAUAUAUUUGAUUUAAUGUAUCUUGACUUUAAGGAAUUAUCCAUUCAAAUAAUUAUUCUUCUGAAGUUUAUAACCCAGACUCAUCUCAUGCAACCAAAGUUAAAGCCAUCAUGAAGUUUGUGGAAUCACAUGCAGCUCAACUUUCUAAGGUAAAAAUAGAAAAAGCCAUAGUAGUUGUUCAGUUACUUCCAGAUUGUGUGCAUUAUAUUCUGUCAAGUCACCCUGUCACUCAUAAGAUCUCAUUAAUAAUUUUCCUUACUGUCUGCAAUACAAUUCUCAUGAUAUCAGUUCUAAGAAUUUGAUAUUGGAUCAACUAAUAAUCCCCCAACUAAUAAUUAUCUUUAUUCUCAUCUCUUGUUUGCUUGAUAUUGUCAGGAGAAAUUCUGUCUUGGUCUGACUCAACAGUGAUCUGAAUAAUGCACUUUCUUAGGAUGAGAUUGAAAGCAAAGCAGCUGUGAUGUUUGACUAUAUGGAUCUAAUAUCAGAUACAGGU